UUGAAGCUCCGUGCGCAUGCGCGCUGUGAACUCUUCCCCAGAGCGGAGACAUGGCGACGUCCCUGAUCUGCGGCUGCUUGACGGCUAGCCUGAGAGCCUCGGGGGCCAGGACCACCAUCGGCUCUGCUUCCAAGGUGCUUGGUGGAUCCACAGGUCUGUUUGGGGGCCAUGUGUCCCAUCCACAGCCCCCUCAUGUGCAGCAGCAGCAAAGGAGCCUCUCCCUACACGAGUACAUGAGCCUCGGCCUGCUCAAAGAGGCCGGCAUCUCUGUACCGGAUGGCAUGGUGGCCAGCUCUGCCGAGGAGGCCUACACUGUGGCCAAGCAGAUCGGUUCAAAGGACCUGGUGGUGAAAGCUCAGGUGCUGGCCGGUGGCAGAGGCAAGGGGACGUUUGAGGGCGGACUGAAGGGAGGAGUGAGAAUCGUGUAUUCUCCAGAAGAGGUCCGAGACAUUUCUUCCCAGAUGAUUGGGCGAAAACUGUACACCAAGCAAACUGGAGAGGCGGGUCGUAUCUGCAACCAGGUGUUUGUCUGCGAGCGCAGGUACCCACGCAGGGAGUACUAUUUCGCCAUCACCAUGGAAAGGUCCUUUCAGGGCCCUGUUCUGAUUGGCAGCUCGCAGGGUGGUGUGAACAUCGAAGACGUCGCUGCAGAAAAUCCAGACGCUAUUGUGAAAGAGCCCAUCGACAUCAUCGAGGGAAUUAAGAAGGAGCAGGCUGUCAAGGUCGCUCAGAAGAUGGGCUUCCCACCAGCGCUGGUGGACGAGGCAGCAGAGAACAUGAUCAAACUUUACAACGUGUUCCUCAAAUAUGACGCCUCCAUGGUUGAGAUCAACCCCAUGGUGGAGGACUCCUCUGGCACCGUGAUGUGUAUGGAUGCCAAGAUCAACUUUGACUCCAACGCCGUGUAUCGCCAGAAGAGGGUGUUCGACAUGCGUGACUGGACUCAGGAGGAUCCCCGGGACCAGCAGGCCGCCAAGGCAGACCUCAACUAUAUUGGCCUGGAUGGAACCAUCGGCUGUUUAGUAAACGGGGCAGGGUUGGCCAUGGCCACCAUGGACAUCAUCAAGCUCCACGGCGGGACACCAGCCAACUUCCUGGACGUAGGAGGCGGAGCCACCGCUCAUCAGGUGACCGAGGCCUUCAAACUCAUCACCUCAGACAGAAAGGUUCAAGCCAUCCUGGUCAACAUCUUUGGUGGCAUCAUGAGGUGUGACGUCAUUGCUCAGGGCAUCAUCAUGGCUGUGAGAGACCUGGAUCUCAGGAUCCCUAUUGUUGUACGGUUACAAGGGACAAGAGUGGACGAUGCCAAAGCACUGAUUGCCGCCAGUCCACUAAAAAUCCUGGCCUGUGAUGACCUGGAUGAAGCUGCAAAAAUGGUUGUAAAGCUUUCUGAAAUUGUCUCUUUGGCAAAAGAAGCUCAAGUAGACAUCACCUUCCAGCUGCCCAUCUAAGAAACUGCGCCCUCUGGAGCUCCUGAUCCCUCCUGCAACGCCGUCACCCUUACACCCUCAACUCCACGUUCCUCACCGACAGUAGGACUGAGCUCUCAAGAUUACUCAUCCAACCGCAUCUUUAUCAUCUCUGUGGCUCUGUUGUGCGAUGGCAAGAUGCCCAACAGCUUAUUUUCACAAAUAUUUGUUGGACUCUAGUAUUUUUUCUUUUCUUUUUAUAAUUCUGGCAUUUUGUUUCCUGUGUUCUUCCAAGUGUGAACCCCACAACUUUGUUAUGCACUUAAGCUGAUGCGCACAAACCCCCCACCCUUCGAUCCGCUUCUUCCAUCCACUCCGUUCCAGACUAAGAUUGUGACUCGAGGUCAAUCGGUCCGUUUAGUUCUGUGCUUGUUGGAAAGUUUUCUCAACUUUUUUUUAACUUGUUUUCAAUCAGAAAAUCAGAAAAAUUCCCUUCAGCUACUAUUGUUUUUCAAAAGGUGAAUUGCUGCAGUGGGGACUGACAGCCUUCAGUUGAUGUUUGCUCUCAGCUUUGAACACGUCACCUUUCCCCUCAGCCAGAGGAGACAUUUUUGAAGAACAUUUUGUUUGCUUAAGUGGUCUUUAUAGAGACAGAAGUGCUCACUGAUGAUCACGAGUCUCUGAAACCAAACCACAAUACUUUUUUCCCCACUUCAGUCUUUAAACAUCAAGGCUGCAAGAGUGCUCAGCACCGUCUUUUAGGUAGCUGUUCAGAUGCCAGGUGAAGGUUCGUUUGUUUUGUUUUUUUCACACCUGUCAUUGAUUUCAAAAGUUACUGGAAAUGGGAUCUUCACUGCUGGAGACACUGGAAAUGUUUUUUUCUGAAACUAUGUUGCUGCUGUAUCCUCCUCCAUGUAAGAAACAUCUGGCACAGCUGCUCCAUGUCACUGCCAUCGCACCACAGAACAGCAGGAACUUUCUCUCAGCCCCUUUUUGCUUCUACAUGUUAGGUCAGAGUCUCGUUGGGCUGCGUCCCCCCCCUGCUCCAAACACAAGCAGACAUUGUGAGUUGUAUGUCAUUUAUUUUAUCUUGUAAAUACCCAAACAGAUGUUCUCGCUUUGUAAGAUAUUUAUGCCUCUCAUGCAGAGGGCAAGAAAGAAAGAAAGAAAAAUAAAUGCAGAGGACACUGGCACUUA